AUGGCUUCCAACACCGCUGCCGAGUUCCUCAAUGCCGUCGAGGCCCGCCGCUCGUACUACAACCUGACCAACAAGUCCACCCUCUCGGACAAGCAGCUCCAGGAGUUGGUCGAGAACGCGAUCAAGUUCGCCCCUUCGUCGUUCAACUCGCAGACCUCGCGUGCCGUCCUCGUCCUCGGCGCCAAGCACAAGGAGCUCUGGCAGGCUGUCUGGAACUCGCACAAGGUCAACCUCUCCUCGCCGGAGGAGGAGGCGAUGUACCGCGGCAAGUUUGACGGCUUCGAGGGUGCGUACGGCACGGUCUGCUUCUUCGAGGACCAGGACGCCAUCGACGCUUUCGUCCAGAAGGUGCCCAUGGUCAAGGCCACGAUGCCGGCGUGGAGCGCCAACACCUCGGGCAUGGUCCAGUUCAUCGUCUGGGCCGGCCUCGCCGCCGACGGCAUGGGCGCCAACCUCCAGCACUACGGCCAGUACACGCCCCAGAACCACGAGACCAUCAACGAGCUCCUCGGCGUCCCCAAGGCGUGGAUCCCCACCGCCCAGAUGCCCUUCGGCGUCCCCUCCGGCGAGCCCGGAAACCCCGCCCGCCCCAAGACCUUCCUCCCCCUCGAGGACCGCGUCAAGGUCGUUCAGUAG